UCAGGCAAAAUCCAUGUGCCCACAUGGAUGAUUGAGAGAGAGAUUCAUAAACUGAAGAAAAAAACAACUUUUUUAUGUUUAUGUUUAUGUUUCAUUAGAUAAACAACAACCAUUAUAUUUAUGUCUUCACCAAAACAAACUGAACUUGUAGUAUCAACAAUACUAAUAGAAAAAGAAGAAGAAAAAAACACAAUGAUCCACCAAUGAAAAUUUGCUCAAAACAUCCAAAGUUUGAAACUUUUAAUGAUUCAAAGUAGUUUUAGUAUCAAAAGGAGUAGAGGGUAUUGGUAAUUUUUUUUUUUGUGAGUUUUGUGUUGAAGAGAAAUGAAGAAGAGUGAGAGUGGUGGUUAUGUGAGAGCAGAUCAAAUAGAUCUGAAGAGUUUGGAUGAACAAUUACAGAGGCAUCUUAGUAGAGCAUGGACUAUGGAGAAGAAGAAUAAAGAGAAAGAAGAUGAAAGUGAAGUUGAAGGAAGGUGUUCUAAUACUACAACAAAUCAUAGACAAGAAUGGGAGAUUGAUCCUUCAAAACUUUUAAUCAAAACUGUCAUUGCUCGUGGCACUUUUGGCACUGUUCAUCGUGGUGUUUAUGAUGGUCAAGAUGUUGCUGUUAAGCUCCUUGAUUGGGGUGAAGAAGGUCAUAGAUCAGAUGCUGAAAUAGCUUCAUUGAGAGCAGCUUUUACACAAGAAGUUGCUGUUUGGCACAAACUUGACCAUCCUAAUGUAACCAAGUUUAUUGGUGCAACAAUGGGAACAUCAGACCUACAGAUACAAACAGAAACUGGUCAUAUAGGAAUGCCAAGUAAUCUUUGUUGUGUUGUUGUUGAGUAUUGUCCUGGUGGUGCUUUGAAGUCAUAUCUAAUUAAAAACAGAAGAAGGAAGCUGGCUUUUAAAGUUGUUGUUCAACUAGCUCUUGACCUUGCAAGAGGGUUGAGUUAUCUCCACAUGAAGAAGAUUGUCCAUAGAGAUGUUAAAACAGAAAAUAUGCUUCUGGACAAGACGCGAACUUUGAAGAUAGCUGAUUUCGGAGUAGCUCGUAUCGAGGCUUCAAAUCCUCACGACAUGACUGGUGAAACUGGAACCCUUGGUUACAUGGCUCCUGAGGUUCUAAAUGGUAGUGCAUACAAUAGAAAAUGUGAUGUGUAUAGUUUUGGCAUAUGCUUAUGGGAGAUAUACUGCUGUGACAUGCCAUAUCCUGACCUUAGUUUCUCAGAAGUUACAUCAGCUGUUGUAAGACAGAAUCUAAGGCCAGAGAUUCCGCGAUGUUGUCCAAGUUCUCUAGCAAAUGUGAUGAAAAGAUGUUGGGAUGCUAAUCCUGAUAAGAGGCCCGAAAUGGAUGAAGUUGUCACCAUGUUGGAAGCUAUUGACACUUCAAAGGGUGGAGGUAUGAUCCCUCUAGAUCAACCUCAAAGUUGUUUAUGUUUCCGCCGGUAUCGAGGACCUUGAAAAGAUUUUUAACUAUCAAAUGAAAGUUCAUCCCAGAAAAGUGUUCGUUACACAAUAUUUUAAAACCAGUUGGCAUUUCCAGAAACAAUGAAAAUUGGUAUGUAUUUUAUUUCAUUGGAAGAAGAAUAGAGAAAGAAGGAAGACACAUGAAAGAAAAUGUGAGUGAAAGGCAUAGUUAAUGAAAUGCAUAAUUUUUGUAAAGCUAAUUUGUACUUUUCAUUUUCAUUCCAACCAUUUUUAUAUUAUUGUCUCUUAUGUAUAAGUUGUACACUUUAUAGUAGCAGCAUCAUGGAUUGUUCCAACACUAAUAUAUCAAGGUUCUGAUGGUUCCAUUUGAUGUGA